AUGGGUAAUAUAUUAGGAUCCAGAAAAAAAUUGCCAAAAGAAGACUUGGAAUUCUUGAGAACGAAUACAAAUUUCACCAAAAAACAAAUUAAACAAUGGUAUCGAGGAUUUAUAAGAGAUUGUCCUUCUGGUCAGUUGAGUAAAAAAAAAUUCAUUGAAGUCUAUUCAGGCUUCUUUCCUGACGGUGAUGCAGAAGAGUUUUGUACUCAUGUUUUUCGAACAUUCGAUAAGGAUAAUUCUGGAAAAAUUGAUUUCAAAGAAUUUCUAUUGGCAAUCAAUAUUACAUCAGGUGGUAAACCUGAAGAGAAACUUGAAUGGGCAUUUCAAAUGUACGAUAUCAACGGUAAUGGAACAAUUGAAAAACAUGAAAUGGUCGAGAUAAUUAAAGCAAUCUACAGUAUGUUAGGCGCAGAUGAGUCAACUGUAGAUCUUAGUCCAGAAGCGCGUACUGAUGAAAUUUUUGAAAAGAUGGACAGUAAUGCUGAUGGAGUUUUAACUAGAGAAGAGUUUAUGGAUGGUUGUAUGGCUGAUAAACAACUCUAUUCUAUGCUACUUGCUGACGAACCCGCUGAAUAAAUUUAUAAUAAUAAUAAUAAUAAUUACUAUUAAUUAUUACUAUAUUUUAUUUCAUUUAUAAUAUUUUAUUUGUUUGUAUGUCUUAUUUGCUUGUUUGUUGGUCUGUUUACUUUUCUAAGAAAAAAAACACAAAAAGAAAGAAAGUAGGCAAAUAAUCAAAAUUUGAACAGAC